AUGGACUCUGGCUUUGGUCGUGACACAUUUUGCAAUGUGAUCGCCGAUCCAUGUGCAUCGGAGUGCAUAAGCGAUGUUCGAUUAAUACAGCAGACCAUGGAAUCCAUCAAUGUCGCUGCGACCAGCCAUCCAGAGCUUGGGACUCCAGAUGAGAUAUACUUUGUGACGGAGUUUAUAGCCCAGUUGAAUCGUUUAGGAAUGGCUGCAAUCAAGCGUCACGCCACCAUUUCCUAG